AUGCAACGCCCAAGAGGCGGACUGUUGGGGAACGGUGGUGGUGGGGCGGGAGCGAAGCGUCCGCGAAAGCACAUCUCCUUCGCCCGAGAUGGCAUCAAGGUUCGCUUUGUCAAACCGCCUCCUCGCUCCAUGAAUCACCGCUAUUGGUUUACAGAGACGGAGUCAGUCGCCAAGAAGGGAAUUUCCUUUGAGGUUGAGCCUGACAUUGCCGUCUCUGUGGACGUAAGCUGUCGCAUGCAGCUAACGGGGGUGGCGUCGCAGUCGUGCAAAGCUUUACCUUUACUUUCCACGAAUACGGUUGCCGGUAAGCAAAAGCCUAACAGCAAGAGUAACGGAAGGGUUUACUUGAGGCUUAAAGCAAAUCCUUCACUUGGGGCAUUGGGUGCGGUGCAGCGUGCCUCGCGGUGGUUAACGGUGGCGUCUGUGGAAGAGGGGCAUAUUGAAAAGAUUCGUGUUAUUCUGCCUGUCGGUAGCUAUACGCUGAGUUGCGUGGGGCCGAGACCUGUACAGGUCUUUGCGCAGGUCUGGGACUUAGAGACACGGCUGAACUAG